CCGCCUGCGUUUCUAACCGGAGUCCCAGCAGAGAAGGAGUUGGCAUCAUGGCGUUCAGCUUUGGAGGCGGCGCAAAUACUGCGGGCUCCUCUGGAUUUGGUUCAUUUGGUGCCAAAACAACAGCAUCAACUGGUUUUGGUUUUGGUACAACCACCACUGCCGCGUCUGGAUUUGGUAGUCUUGCUGCCCCAGGCUUUGGAACUACAACAACUGCAGCUCCAUCAGCUGGCUUUGGCUUUGGUGCUACAGGAACAGGAUUUGGUGGGCUGGGAGCUGCAAACACCACUGCCGGAGGACUUUUUGGCCACACCCUGAACAAAGGAUUUGGUUUUUCCUCUGGUUUUGGCACAGGUGCUACCACGAGUACUGGUCUUGGCACUAGCCUUGGCACGGGCCUGGGAACUGGUUUGGGUUUCGGGGGCUUUAACACACAGCAGCAGACUUCAGGAGGCCUCUUUGGACAGCUAGCACAGGCCCCUGUGCAGUCCAAUCAGCUGAUCAACACAGCAAGCGCGCUCUCUGCACCAACACUUCUAGGAGAUGAGCGUGAUGCCAUCUUAGCUAAAUGGAACCAACUGCAAGCUUUCUGGGGGACAGGCAAAGGGUACUUUAACAACAGCAUCCCGCCUGUGGACUUCACACAGGAAAACCCCUUCUGCAGGUUUAAGGCUGUUGGCUUCAGUUGCAUCCCUGGCAGCAAGGAUGAAGAUGGCCUGGUGAUUUUGGCUUUUAACAGGAAAGAAGAUGAUAUCCGGAAUCUGCAGCAGCAGCUUGUCGAGGCUCUUCAUAAAGUUCUGGGGGGCAACCAGACUCUGACAGUGAAUGUGGAGGGGGUCAAAGCACUGCCAGACGAUCAGACAGAAGUCCUCAUUUACGUCGUAGAACGUUCUCCUAAUGGUACAUCGAAGAGGAUUCCAGCCACGACGCUCUUUAACUACGUUGAACAGGCCAAUAUAAAGAAUCAGCUGCUGCAGCUGGGAGUGGUUCGUACUCUGACCAGGACAGAGCUUUCCCCAGCACAGCUUAAACAACUCCUGCAGAACCCUCCAGCUGGUGUAGAUCCAAUAAUUUGGGAGCAAGCUAAAGUGGACAAUCCAGAUGCAGAAAAUUUGAUUCCAGUGCCAAUGGUUGGUUUUAAAGAACUACUAAGAAGACUAAAGAUCCAAGAGCAGAUGACAAAGCAGCACCAGACCAGAAUGGAUAUAAUCUCUGAAGACAUAAGUGAACUACAGAAGAACCAGGCUACAACAGUGGCAAAGAUAGCCCAGUACAGGAGAAAACUGAUGGACCUGUCACACAGAGUCUUGCAGGUAUUAAUCAAGCAGGAAAUCCAAAGAAAGAGUGGCUAUGCAAUCCAGGUUGAUGAGGAACACCUACGUGUUCAACUAGACACAAUACAGAGUGAGCUGAACGCACCAACCCAGUUUAAGGGUCGCCUGAAUGAACUCAUGUCCCAGGUUAGGAUGCAGAAUCACUUUGGAGCCUCCAGGUCAGAGGAGCGGUACAGCAUAGAUGCAGAUCUCCUUCGGGAAAUCAAGCAGCACUUGAAGCAGCAACAGGAAGGCCUAAGCCAUUUGAUCAGUGUUGUCAAGGAUGAUGUGGAGGACAUCAAGCUCAUAGAACAUGGGCUUCAUGACAGCAUCCACACCAGAGGAGGGACAUUCAGCUGACAACAGACCUGCUUUCAGGCAUCACGCAGUAGGGAGCAUUUAUGUGCUGAAUACCGUGGUAGUGAAAGCUCCCCGUCAAGAUAAUCUUAUUAACAUCACACUGGAAGAUAGCCAAUUGAACUGGCUAAGCAGACACAACUGGCAUACUUGCCUCCCACUCCCCCUGUCAGUGACAAUACAAAUAAAAGAACACUUCUGUUGGACAGACCACGUAUUUUACAAAAGCAGAUUUUGAUUGUAGUGACACAAGUCUUACGUUUUAGUAAUGUGCAGCUUCCCACAAUUUUUUUUUACCAUCCAAGGACUAUUUUCUGCAAAAAGAUUUGUUUUUAAAGUUGGAACUGUCUUUAAUGGAACAAAAACAUUAAUAAAUAAAACUUUCUAAUUAUGUUUGGAAACAUACAUGAUUUAAUGCUUGAAGGUCCACAUAAGGUAAUGGCUUAAAAAAAAACCUCAAAAGCAUUUUUCUGCUUUUUUUACUCAGAUGUUUGAAUUGAGGGUAUUAAUCUAAUGGAUAAAAUCAAGUAUUUGGUUAGUUUAAAAAAAAUAAAAAUCUUUGACUGGUCUUUACAGAAUCUAAUUAGAGGGCAUUAAACUUAAUUUCAAAUACAAUUCAAAGCUUACUAUGAGAAAGCAAGCUUUUUCAGGAUUGAAAGAUAUAAAGGUUUGAAAGUGGUGGCUUUCUGUAUGUCUUUGUUUCCACAUGGGUCAGUAGACUUCACUUGGUCUACUUUGGUUGGGACUCUAAUGUGUUUUUAUAAUUGUGCUGCAUAUGCUUCCAGGCACAAAACAAAUCCGAUGAUCUGCCAGCCAUCAACCUGUGUCCUGAAAGCCCUCAGUAGUCCCAUCAUGUUGCUUUAUAUUCACUUUCAUAUGCCAGACAAUACUGUUUGUAAUCAAGGUUGUCUAACUAUCUGUGCUAACUGAAGAAUAUUUGAGGCACACAAGGACUACUGCAAGAAUUAUCUUUAUUUAGUGUGUCCAAUGAUUAUUCCCCCCCCCCAUUUUUGUUCAGAUUUGGACAGCCCAAUCACUUUUCCCUUGACCACAUUAAUUUUUUAGAAAAUGUUAUUGCAUAUAUGUCUUACCCUUUUAUUUAUUUCAAAAUAAUAACAUUUAGAUCCUUGAUUUGGAAUACCGUACAUACAGCAAGAUCCAAGAUUUUUUUUCUAAUUGAGAUCUGUGAAACUAGCCAGUAAGAAGUCAUUGAAAAAGCACUCCUCGGCUAUAUGUAGUAAACAACUAUAUGG